CAAUCAGUUCGAGACGAGAUAACAGACCAAAUAGAUUCAUCCUCGGUUCAACAACUAUUUACGGUACGACACAACGCUAAGUUACUAUUGAAAGUGCACUGCGCAGUGCGGCGUAAAGCAAAGUGUGAAUAAAAUUUAGGAAAAUAGACGCAUACACACAAACAUACAUAUUAUGGUUGUGUAUACACAAAAGUUUCUGCGAGGAAAAAUAGGCGAUUUAUAGCAAAUUGUGAAUUGAAAAGAGACUAUUUCAGAAAAGCGACGGUAGUUGGUAUACCAGAACGCAUGCAAACCGCGAGUGGCCCUCACCGUUAAUUUAAUUUCCGGUGUGAAGGUUCAAAAUUUUACAUACAUACAUAUGUAUGUACAUACAAACCUCUUGUUUUGUUAGCAACGAAAGAGUUACAUAAGAAAAGUGCAUUUAAUAUAAAGAGCAAAGGGUAAUUGAAACGCGUUGAAAAGUGCUUUAAAAUUUAAAAAAGAAAUUGUGAAUUGAAAAAAUUUUCAACAAACAAAAGAUACACACACAAUCCACGAAGGCACGAAGUGAGAGCCAGUGAGACGAAGGCGGCAGCAGAGGGUGAGCGCAAAGCGAACUACAACAAUAACACUGCAUACUGUUACUGUAAAAAACAAAAUCAUUAAAACACACAACCCCACACAUACAAACAUACAUACACAGGCGAAACUUCGUGGUCCUCAGUGCGACGCAUUCCUUCGCAUUAUAGAACUCGUCUUCUGUAAGGGGUGUUCCUUAUCGUCGCUGCGCAUCGCAAUCCCCCCACCGCAUCCUUUAAAGCGCACAGCACGGAAGUAAAACACACACUCCUACAUACCAGCAAACGAGCGCAUUAAUACACACCACACACACUCGCAUAAUAAACGCUGAGUGCCGAGCAGCAAGUCAAUAUGGCGGAUAUUUUGGAGAAAAGCUCCGUGCCACUGGAAGCUGCAUCUACUGUUAGUAAUGGCACGGCAGCGACAGAGGUCGCAGCAGCAGCAGCAGCUGGCGCAACAACAAUAAGAACAGAGUCAACCACAGGCAUACCGGCACAGCCGAUUGCCGCAACAACAGUGAAUGACUCACACUCGCCGCUGUUGUUGAAGGAGCAACAGCGUCAACAGGAGCAAAUCUACCAACAACAGAAGGAGCAACAGCAGUCGGCCGCUGUAACAGCCUCACCAGCAGUAGCAGCACCACCAGUGUCGGCUUUGGAUGUUAAGCAGGCGCAACCCGAGCAGAAAGAGGGGGACAAUGACAGCGGUGUUGAUGAGUCUACUCAAGAGAAGGAACGCAACGGUCCAGGUUCACCAAGCUCUCCGGCUAAGACCCCGACGUCCACCACUUCAAAGGGCGAGAAGACUGGCACCUCUCGUCCGCCGAGCGCAACACCAUCGAACAAAUCGUCCAAAUCACGUUCGACAUCACGAAAUCGCUUGUCAUUGAAGACUCCCGAACCGGAGCCAGUUAAAAAAGUACCAAUGAAUAAAAUACAAGUCGGUCACGCUCCUUCGCCCAAUCUCAAAGCCGUGCGUUCCAAAAUUGGUUCGCUGGAUAAUGCUGGCUAUAAACCGGGUGGUGGGAAUGUCAAAAUCGAAAGCAAGAAGAUCGAAAUAAAAGCCGCGCCCAGAAUUGAGGCGAAAAAUGACAAGUAUACGCCACGCGGCGGAGAAAAGAAGAUCAUUUCGACAAAGCUACAGUGGAACGCCAAGUCGAAAAUUGGCUCCUUGGAGAAUGCCAAUCACAAGCCGGGUGGUGGCGAUAAGAAGAUCGAAACAAUUAAAACGGACUUCAAAGACAAAGCCAAACCGAAAGUCGGUUCGAAGGAUAAUGUUAAGCACGCUCCGGGCGGUGGUGAUAUUAAGAAAUCGCAAAUCUUGAAGGAAAGCACAACCGCCAAGGAUAUACAAACUCAAAAGAUAGAACUUAAGGCACAAAGCAAAGUGGGCUCUUUGGAUAACAUUAAGCACAAGCCCGGUGGUGGGGAGCGAAAAAUUUUCGAUGAUAAGGACUAUCUGAAAAAUGUUGAGCAUACAGUUGCACUGACACCACCGACACAGUUCCCGCAGGGACGCCUUAUAGCCACCAUCCACCUAGAAUUUGGCCUUUGCAAUUCAGACUGUGUGUGUAAUGAAAUAUUUCAAUCGCUCUUUAAAUGAAUUUACUUGCAAAAUGCUUUGCCAAAACAACUACAACAACAAGCAUAAAGUUUAUAGUUAUAUAAAGAAAUACAUACAUACUAUACAUAUAUAUUUACAUAGUAAAUUCAUAACAAAUAAGGCAAAAACGAAGCAAAGAUAAUGCAAAAGCGUAAAUUUUAACGAAAGCAAUCGGGCUAAAAUAGCAAAUAACUAAAAAAGGCACCUAUUUUUGCGCAAUUAGCAAAAUGCGAUUUUGUACCUUUGAACUUUAAAAUUA